CAGUGGUAGUAGAGAGCAAUUGCCUGGAGCCUGCUCCACAUAAUUAGAUAAGGUCACAAGUCAAGUCACCUUUUGUGUCUCACAAAUACUCAAACCUUUUAUGGUCUGAAUACAGACACAUCUCAAACUUGGAUCUAUGUAGUGACAACCUCCACAACUUGCUGACACAGGUUUGUGGUGAACUAUGUGCCUGUCUGGACACGCCCCCUGCUGACUGCUCCUGUGGCUCCUCCCACAGGCCCCUGUAUAAAGGCGAUCUGAGGCCUGACGCUCGGCCUCAGUCUCCAGGUCAUAGUAUGAUGGACACUCACUCCUGGUUCCUUCUUCCAGUCAAUAAAAGCCAAUAUCUCGCCUUACGUCUCAGUGUGAGUUAUUGAUGGUGCAUCAAUUUUAUUGACUGGAAGUUUUAAAACAUGGAAACCGUUUUGCGUCCGGAAAGGUUGGAUUUGGACCCUCAAGACCCUGACGCAGCUCUCGCUUUUGAACACUGGCUUGCAUGCUUCCAAUCGUACUUGGAGGAGGUUCAUGCAACUGAACCCGCCGUUAUGCACAGAAUCCUACUCUCGAGGGUCACCCCCAAAGUUUACUCCAUUAUCCGGGACCUGCCGACCUAUGAUGGGGCACUGGACGCCCUCAAAAGACAGUACCUGCGGCCGGUGAACGCCGUCUACGCAAGACAUCGUUUAGCUACCCGGCAACAGCGGCCUGGCGAAUCGUGCGCUGAGUUUCUCCGAGCACUACAGACACUCGUCCGACCUUGCGACUGCAAGACGCUCACGGCAGAACAGCAUGCGGAGCUGCUAGUGCAAGACGCCUUUGUGACGGGACUGAGGUCAGUGUACAUGCGCCAGCGACUCCUGGAAAAUGCCGACCUUACCUUAAGCUCGGCGAUCGAGAAGGCCAACACUCUAGAAGCUGCUUUGCAUAAUGCUGACGCUGUCCAGUCGCGCGAUUCCCCGCCGGUUCCGUGGUCACCUCAGACCCCGCCACCGCCGGCUCCCGGGAGUGAAUUCGCCAACGCCGCUGCCAGUCGCGAUUCCACGAGCUCCCCGACCCUGACCACGGCUGUGGCCCGUCAGAAGCCCGUGCUUUGUUAUUUCUGCGGCCAUAAAAAACACUCUCGACAACGCUGUCCAGCGCGAGAGGCGACCUGCUCCAGCUGCAGAAAGCAGGGCCACUUCGCCAAGGUCUGUAAGUCUCAACCUCGAGCGGAGUGCAGCGCUGCGGGUGAAACGUGGGGGCUGCCAUCUUGCAUGCCCGGAUGUGGGCGACCAUCUUUGUCGACGUCAGCACGCCCCGCCCCCGACCCUCCGAUGCUUACCGGGUACCCUGGAUGUGAGCGGCCAUCUUUGUCGGCGUCAGCACGCCCCGCCCCCAACCCUCGAAUGCUGACCGGGUGCCCCGGAUGUGAGCGGCCAUCUUUGUCGACGUCAGCAUGCCCCGCCCCCGGCCCUCCGAUGCUUACCGGAUCUCUGGCCACUGUAACUCUUGACCAAAGCGCCCCACACCAGCUUGCAAGGUCCAUGAUGGACAUCCGGGUGGAGGGGCACAGGACUAGAUGCCUGUUUGACACGGGCAGCACUGGGAGUUUUAUUCACCCGGACACAGUGCAACGCUGCGGACUUGCAACGCGGCCGAGGGAAAUGGACCGGAUGGUGGACCAGUACCAACUGCAGGCCACAUUUCCCUAUCUGGAUAACAUCACCAUCUGUGGUCACGACAGGCCAGAUCACGACGCCAACCUCCAACGAUUUCUCCAAGUGGCCGCAGCUCUGAACCUUACUUAUAACAGGGACAAGUGUGUGUUUGGAACCACCCGCCUUGCUAUACUUGGGUAUGUCGUGGAAAACGGGGUUAUUGGCCCUGAUCCCGAACGUAUGUUAGAACUGUUAGAACUCCCUCUUCCCACCACUCUCAAGGCCCUCAGACGGUGCCUGGGUUUUUUUUCCUAUUACGCUCAAUGGGUCUCCCAUUACGCAGACAAGGCACGCCCCCUGGUCAAGUCUACCUCGUUUCCCCUCUCUGCUGAGGCCCGCGCGGCCUUCAGCUGCAUUAAAGCCGACAUUGCCAAAGCUACGAUGCAUGCCGUGGACGAGACCGCUCCCUUCCAAGUGGAGCGUGAUGCCUCCGAUUUUGCUCUGGCUGCUACCCUCAAUCAGGAAGGCAGACCAGUAGCAUUCUUUUCUUGCACCCUCCAAGGCUCCGAAAUUCGGCACUCCGCAGUGGAGAAAGAAGCCCAGGCCAUAGUGGAGGCUGUUAGGCACUGGAGGCACUAUCUUGCUGGCAAAAGGUUCACCUUGCUGACCGACCAGCGCUCGGUUGCGUUCCUGUUCAGCAACCAACAGCGGGGCAAAAUCAAAAAUGAUAAGAUUUUGCGGUGGAGAAUAGAACACUCCACCUACACCUUUGAUAUCCUGUACCGGCCUGAUGCCCUAUCCCGGGGAACAUGUGCUAGCACACAGCUCGACCAGCUGUACACCCUUCAUGCACAACUUUGCCAUCCGGGGGUCACCCGAUUUUACCAUUUUGUGAAAGCUCGGAACCUGCCAUACUCCCUGGAGGACAUCAGGACGAUGACCAGGGACUGCCAAAUUUGCGCUGAGUGCAAACCGCACUUCUACCGUCCUGACACGGCACAACUUGUCAAGGCCACCCGCCCUUUUGAACGACUGAGUGUUGACUUUAAGGGCCCCCUUCCCUCCACUGACCGCAAUGUCUAUUUUCUCAGUGUUAUCGACGAGUACUCACGGUUCCCCUUUGCCAUCCCCUGCCCCGACACCACUGCCACGUCCGUCAUAAAAGCCCUGCGCCAGCUCUUCACUCUGUUCGGGUAUCCCUGCUAUAUCCACAGCGAUAGAGGGUCCUCCUUUAUGAGUGAGGAGCUGCGCCAGUACUUGCUAGCUAGGGGCAUUGCUACCAGUCGGACCACGAGUUAUAAUCCCCGGGGUAAUGGCCAGGUGGAGCGGGAGAAUGCCACAGUGUGGAAGGCCACACUUUUAGCCCUUAAGUCAAAAGGGUUGCCGGUCUCUCGAUGGCAGGAGGUCCUCCCUGAGGUACUGCACUCUAUCCGCUCUCUGUUAUGUACGUCCACCAAUGCCACCCCUCACGAACGCCUAUUCUCUUUUCCCAGGAAGUCUGUCACUGGGACCACCCUACCAAUUUGGCUGACGUCCCCGGGGCCAGUGCUGCUCCGGAGACAUGUGAGGAGCAAUAAAUACUCCCCGCUGGUAGAGAGGGUUCACCUUCUACAUGCGAACCCCCAGUAUGUUUACGUGGUCUUACCUGAUGGGCGGGAGGACACGGUCUCCAUCCGCGACCUGGCACCCGCGGGUGCAGCAGACCACUACCCUGAAGGCUCUCCGGUAACAAUGAACCCUGCACCAGAGGUGACACCGUACUCACCAGGCCCUACACAGACUCCUCACGACACUUGUAUACCAGGCGUUUCGUACGCAUUUAUACCAGGCGCCUCGCACAUGCGUGAGGGAUCAUCGGUGCCUAGUGGGCAGGAACAAGCGCAACCUCCGUCCCCUGUGCAAUCACCAAUGUCGCCGGCAUCCAUGCGAUCACAGCCGGUGCUAUGUAGAUCGCAGCGACAGAUUCGACCACCUGCUAGACUUGACUUGUAAGAAGCGUCGCCACAUGGGGACUCUUUCAAACAAAGGGGGUGUGAAUGUGGUGAACUAUGUGCCUGUCUGGACAUGCCCCCUGCUGACUGCUCCUGUGGCUCCUCCCACAGGCCCCUGUAUAAAGGCGAUCUGAGGCCUGACGCUCGGCCUCAGUCUCCAGGUCAUAGUCCCCACUCACUCCUGGUUCCUUCUUCCAGUCAAUAAAAGCCGAUAUCUCGCCUUACGUCUCAGUGUGAGUUAUUGAUGGUGCAUCAAGGUUACAAAACCCUGACACGAUUGACUCACAGAGAAGCAGCCAGUGCAACCAGGUUAGCACCCACUGUCUUCCCAUACCCCCGAUACUGUAGAUCCAGACCUGCUGUUUUUUCUUCAACACACCCGACAGAUCUGAUCCCCACUCGCCUCCACAUAUUUGGCCCCCAGUCCCUCCCACCAACAGAUCCUACCCCAACCCACUACUAGAAACUAAACCCCCAUGUCCUCCCGCAGAUCUAGCCCCACCCCCACUGAAAUAUCCAACUCUCCCCACAGACAGAUGAAACAAACCAAGCUGCCAGAUCCACCCACAACCCUCUCUCCAAUGACAGAUCCAAAACUUGUCCCACAGAGACAACCACAACUCCAACUCCCGUCAGAUCCAAUCACAACCCACUCCCCACCAUCAGAUCCAAUCAAAACCCCCACUCCCCACCGUCAGAUCCAAUCACAACCACCUCCCGAAGGUCAGAUCCAAUCACAAACCACGACCACCGUCAGACCCAAUCACGACCCCCACUGUCAGAUCCAAUCAUAAACAAAUCAAACCGUCAGAUCCAAUGACAAUCCCCUCCCCACAGUCACAGCCAAUCAAAACUCCCACUCCCCAGCAUCAGAUCCAAUCAUAACCCCCACUCCCCACCGUCAGAUCCAAUCACAACCCACUUCCACCGUCAGAUCCAAUCACAACCCCCACUCCACAGUCAGAUCCGAUCACAACCCACUCUCCACCAUCAGAUCCGAUCACAACCCCCACUCCCCACCGUCAGAUCCAAUCA